UCGGGCUCCGGCGGGGCUCGGGGCGUGCCCGGGCUGAGCGCCGGCCGCUCUGGACAUGUCGGGCCCCCGCCCCGGCUUCUACCGGCAGGAGCUGAACAAGACGGCGUGGGAGGUGCCGCAACGGCUGCAGGGCCUGCGCCCGGUGGGCUCCGGCGCCUACGGCUCCGUCUGCUCGGCCUACGACGCGAGGCUGCGCCAGAAGGUGGCGGUGAAGAAGCUGUCGCGACCCUUCCAGUCGCUGAUCCACGCACGCAGGACGUACCGCGAGCUGCGGCUGCUCAAGCACCUGAAGCACGAGAACGUCAUCGGGCUUCUGGACGUCUUCACGCCGGCCACGUCUAUCGAGGACUUCAGCGAAGUGUACUUGGUGACCACCCUGAUGGGCGCCGACCUGAACAACAUUGUCAAGUGUCAAGCGCUGAGCGACGAGCACGUUCAGUUCCUCAUUUACCAGCUGCUGCGCGGGCUGAAGUACAUCCACUCGGCUGGGAUCAUUCACCGGGACCUGAAGCCCAGCAACGUGGCCGUGAAUGAGGACUGCGAGCUCAGGAUCCUGGACUUCGGGCUGGCGCGCCAGGCGGACGAGGAGAUGACCGGAUACGUGGCCACGCGCUGGUACCGAGCACCUGAGAUCAUGCUCAACUGGAUGCACUACAACCAGACAGUGGACAUCUGGUCUGUGGGCUGCAUCAUGGCUGAGCUGCUCCAAGGAAAGGCCCUCUUCCCAGGAAGUGACUACAUUGACCAGUUGAAGCGCAUCAUGGAGGUGGUGGGCACACCGAGCCCUGAGGUUCUGGCAAAGAUAUCUUCAGAACAUGCUCGGACGUACAUCCAGUCCCUGCCCCCCAUGCCCCAGAAGGACCUCAGCAGCAUCUUCCACGGAGCCAACCCCCUGGCCAUAGACCUCCUUGGAAGGAUGCUGGUGCUGGACAGUGACCAGAGGGUCAGUGCGGCGGAGGCACUAGCCCAUGCCUACUUCAGCCAAUAUCAUGACCCCGAUGACGAGCCAGAGGCCGAGCCCUACGAUGAAAGCAUCGAGGCCAAGGAGCACACAGUGGAGGAGUGGAAGGAGCUCACCUACCAGGAAGUCCUCAGCUUCAAGCCCCCAGAGCCACCACAGCCACCUGGCAGCCUGGAGAUCCAGUGAUGUGCUAUCUGGCAGCCACACUUGCACCUGUGGAGGGGCCUGAGCUGCCCUUGAGAGGCACCUCCCACACUCCCUGGCCUGGAACCCCCAUCUUCAGGGGAUUUACACAACAUGUGAAUGCACAAGUGUGUCGUGUGCAUGCCAUGUGUGAGUCUGGGCAGAAGCGUCCCUGACCCCACCAUGGUCUUCCCACCCCCUUCUGGCCACCAGGCUCUCUCUUAGGACCUCACUGGAUGACCUGGAUACUACAGUGCGUCCCCCUGGGGAGUGUCUGUCUCCACAUCUCUGUCCCAGAAAGCUAUCCGGGGCAGUGUGAGGGCGCAUUGGUGCCAGAGCCCCUGGAGACUCAAAGGGGGGUCUCAGUGGUUAAAGCUGUUCAUCCUGGAAGUGGGGGGCUGCCUUGGAAAUUGCUGAGACUCCUGGGUCUGAGAUCUGAGGCAGGGCCAGUGCACCAAAAGGCUGGGCAGGGUCUUCCUUAGGGCAGGGGGUGGGGGGUGGCAAGGCAGAGACAACUACGAGGUGUCAGGUGAGAAAAGCUGCCUGGAACCUUGUGUUCUGUGGUGUGUGGGGGCACAUGUGCAUGCGUGUGCACUCCUGGUGCUCCUGGUGUUCACGUCAGUGCAUGUGCUGAUGCGUAUGAAUCUGGGCACCUAAGAGUCAGGGGCCAUGUCCAGCAGGAGGCCUGAGUUGGGGUGGCUAUACUAUUCCUCUCCUCCCCACAGUUCCUGAUGCCAGGAGGGGUGCACUAUGCUGGGGGCUCUGGUGGGCCACAAGGAACCACAUGAGCAAAAGCCAGGGCUUUCUUCUUGGGCCUGGGAACUGUAGCAGGUUCCUGAGUCAGUCACAGGGACACAGUGCCAGCUAGAAGGCUGAUGGGGUGAGGGGGUCCAACCUCGAGGACGCUCAGGUGGGCAGCACACUUGGAUGUGGACUCGGUCUCGGACUUGGACUCAGACACUCCUGUCCCUGGACCUUGGCCCAGAACCGACAAGUUUCUGCCCACUCUCUACCUCUGCCCACUGUUGUGGCCCUACAACUGGAGAUCUGGGGUGCUCUGGUCCGUGGGUCAGCCCUCAUCUUCCCUUCUCCCAGAAUGGAGCUGACCAAGUAACCUCCGGGACAGGAUGCUGCUCGGAGAUGUGUUGGGGGUCUGGCUUCUCCCUGGAGAGGCAGUGACCUCUAGCUUUGAGGGACCCAGGGGGAUCUGGAUGUCAAGUGCCUGCACCAGGGGUGCACAAUAAAGGGAGUUCCCUCUUGCUCA